AGAAGAGAGUCGAUGAUGACAAGGCAAGGCACGUGGAUAUAUUCGCAGUCGUAGGUGGUCUUAAGGCCAACUAGGAAGAUAGGUCUCCGCCCAGUGCACACUGUUCAAUCCAACUUCUUCGACUUCCUACCAGAUUCUGCGUAAUUAUCGAUGGGGACUACAUCUUCUUUGCUAACUCAAUACGACAUCGAAGAAGUUCAAGAACACUGCAAUCAUUUAUUUUCCCAGCAGGAAAUUGUAUCCCUAUAUCAAAGAUUCUGUCAACUUGAUCGCAAUGCCAAGGGGUUUAUUUCCGCAGAUGAGUUCUUGUCCGUUCCUGAAUUUGCCAUGAAUCCACUUUCUCAGAGGCUGCUCAAGAUGGUGGACGGUUUGAAUUUUAAAGACUUUGUGGCUUUCUUAUCUGCAUUCAGUGCCAAAGCUAGUGCACAACAAAAAAUAGAGCUUAUUUUUAAAGUAUAUGAUACAGACCGUAAUGGAAAGGUGUCUUUCAAAGAUAUGCUGGAAGUGCUAAAAGAUUUGUCAGGUUCAUUCAUGUCUGAUGACCAGAGAGAGGAAGUCCUCAGCCAGGUCCUAAGAGAAGCUGGAUACACAAAAGACUCCUACUUGACAUUGGAUGAUUUCAUUAAGGUUCUUGGCCAAUCUGAUCUAAAAAUGGAUGUUGAAGUCCCUAUUGAUUGAAACUACCUACAGUUUUCCCUGUUCUCUUGAAAGAUAGAAAUUGUAAACUCUAUUCAUAGGAUUCUUGUAAUAUAUAUUUCAUGUGGAAAUCAAAAGUGCACAAAUACAGUUGUCCCCUUUCAUCUUGGGAUUCUUGUAAUACUGUUGUCUUCCAGCCUCUAGCUGUUUUGGAGCCAGUUGGAGAAGCUCUCGAGCUUGAUUCAGUUUUUGACAUGUUUUACUAACUUUUCAAAUUUGAGGUAAUUCUUUCUAUUUGAAGUUUCCAACCGUUGGUGAA